AUGGUUCCAUCAUAUACUGCCCCUCACAAAUAUACUGGUGAACUCCUUGGAGUAGAAUAUCUCUACAGCCAGACAGGGAAGGUGCUGCAAGAUAUUGACCAUGAUGAUGUGGAGGAAGAGGUAGAGAAGAAGCAGGAGGAGGAAGUAGAGGAAGAAGAGGACGACGAAGGAUUUGGGGAUGCUGAGGAUUUCAUUGAUUUCACGAUUCCACCUUUAGAAGUCCCUCCCCCAUCUUCUACGGAGCAGCACUCCUCACCCUCAGUGACAGUCCAGAGGCAGCCAAAGCCUAUCCAGCCAUCUUCUAUGGAGCAGCACUCCUCACCCUCAGUGACAGUCCAGAGGCAGCCAAAACCUAUCCAGCCAUCUUCUACGGAGCAGCACUCCUCACCCUCAGUGACCGUCCAGAGGCAGCCAAAACCUAUCCAGCCAUCUUCUACAGAGCAGCACUCCUCACCCUCAGUGACAGUCCAGAGGCAGCCAAAACCUAUCCAGCCAUCUUCUACAGAGCAGCACUCCUCACCCUCAGUGACAGUCCAGAGGCAGCCAAAACCUAUCCUGCACAUACCUACGGUAGAGGAAUAUCGACAAGCUGCUGUGUCAGGUCUACUGGAAAGUUCUGUCCCCAGCUCACCUCAUUCUAUUCAAAAGGAAGACCAGAGGGAGAUCACUGAAACUGACGACGUAGCUCAAGUAUUCCGAUUAGAAAGAGCAGACGCAUCAAUAGGUACAGUACAUUUUUAG